UGUCUAUACUGUGGUUGAUAAAUAGGUAGUAAAGAGGAAAUGCGAUUGUUUUGCUUAAGAAAUACUAAUAUGUUGAUUAAAAAAUUAGUCAUUGUGUUAAUUAUAUAUUGGUAGUCAUGUAUUUUACUGUCGGUUGGCCAAGGGUGCUUAGCCUCAAUUUUCCCGGAGAGGAGUCUUCAAUUAAUCAUAUUUGCUGUGACGCUGUUAAAAUCUUAGUUGCCGCCAUUGGGGACAAUUUUAUUGGUAUUUGGUAUGCCAAUCCUAUAAUUCCAAUAGCUUUUUACCGUCGCAGUGAAGAAUCCAUAUCUCAAGUUGGGACAAAUAAAGUGAUUACAUGGAAACCUGACUCUCGACAAUUGGCUAUACUUACAAAUUCGGGAGUUAUAAUUCUUUAUCACAUCGAAUUUUACUCUGAAGAAAGUGGCAUUUUAACACAAAUAGAUCCACCAAGUUCAAGUUUGAGGAGAGACUCAGCAGAGCUUUUUAUAAAGGAAAAUGUUCCAAAGCUUAGCUUACGAGAGCAAUGCAAUGUCAAGCUGGAUGCCCCAAUCACAACAAUAUGCUGCGUUAGUCUUACGGAGUUGCUUCUUGCAACAGACCAGUGUGACCUGAUACGUGUUCAAUGGACAGAUUUGAAUGCGGAUAUUGUAGGCGAGAGUGGGGAAAGAGCACUAGCAUUGCAUUCAUCUAUUAACUUGCGAAAUAUUCCAUUUUAUGUAAAUCGAAAUUGUCAUUUAAAAUGUAUCCCACCUAUAGGAGAUAGUUCAUAUGUAUCAGCAUUAGAAUAUUCUCCGUUUAUUGGUGGUUGUGCGGCGAUUUUCAGUGACCAACGCGCAGCAUUUCUGGUAGCGAUGCAUUUACGUUUUGAACCUCAAAAUAUGCAUGGUUUUUGGGUUCCAGAUGUGGAAGACGCCACCGUUUGUUGUGUUAACCACAAGUUCAGACUUCUGGCUUAUGGACGUAAUAAUUCCGAUGUUGCAGUAUAUGCUAUUGAAGACACUACCGGUGGAUUGGAAUUUUCACAUAGAUUAUCUCUAAACUCGAGCGUAAUUCCGGGAUCAUUGGGUCCUGUGUGCGAACUCAAAUGGAGUCCCGAUGGUUGUGUGCUUAUUGUGACAUGGGAGAAAGGAGGAAUUUCAUUAUGGAGCACAUUUGGAGCACUGCUUAUGUCUUCUUUAAAUUGGGAUUUUGGUCUACAUGUUGAUUUGAUGCAUUAUAAUCCGUUGCAAGUAAAAAGGUUUGAAUGGUCGACAGAAGGAUAUCACCUUUUCAUGAUUUGCAAGAAAAAUACACAAGAAUCACUUAAUGUAAACUAUAUACCCGUUUGUGACGUUUUGCAGUUAAAUUUUAUUAAAAGCACCAUGUCAAUGAAUCCUUGCAUGGCAUCACAAUCGCAUAUUCUACUACAAGGCGAUGAUACAUUAUAUAUUAAUCAGGGCGAUAGUCUCGAGAAAAUCUAUUUCGGUUCGAAAUUUACUUUCCCUAAUAACAGCACUGAACCAACACAAAAAGGUUUUAAGCAUAAUGAAAGUAUGGAGGUCAAAAAGUCUGUAGAUAUCUCCAGCAUUCUCUCAGAAAGUAAAUUGUGGAACGUAAUACAGCUUCCUCUAACUUAUGCAGCUAGUAAUUGGCCAAUACGAUAUUCCGCAAUUGACGCUGUAGGUACGCAUUUAGCAGUGGCUGGUCGAACAGGACUAGCUCAUUAUUCCAUGCUGACAAAAAAAUGGAAACUCUUUGGUAAUGAAUCACAAGAAAAAGAUUUCGUUGUAUCAGGCGGCUUGCUUUGGUGGAAGGGUUUUAUUGUAAUGGGAUGCUAUUCCCUGUUGGAUCGUACAGACGAAAUACGAUGCUACGCGGCAGAAUGUAAAUUGGAUAAUGAGUUUGGAAAUAAGAUCAAGGUUCGAGCGCCGGUUAUUUCAUUAAAUAUGUUUAGAGAUCAGUUGAUUGCACUGACUGCUGAUGGCAUAGUUAGCCUAUUUGAGUUAAGAAAGAAUGAUGCUUAUUCUAUUAGUGUCUGUUGCGAAUACGAAGUAGAUGUAAAAAGCAUUUGUAUUCAUCCAGCAUGUAUUGUGUCACUAACUGUUACAAACCUUCGUAAUGAUCUAACAAUGAAAUCGGCGUCUAUUUCAAGUGAUGUAGCCGAGACAAUAAUUGUUAACGUAUGUGGGCGGAUCCUGAUGAUUCAACGCGAUUGUCGCAAUAGUGUUAUAAACUCGUUAAUGGCUUCCUGUCUGGCUUCAUGUGUGGAGUGUUUUUGGCUAUCUAAUGCAUUAGAGAAGAGCCCAAUGUGUGAUUGCUUGUGGUUGUAUUCUGGAUCACAUGGAAUGCGAGUAUGGCUGCCUAUUUUACCUCCAUUAAAUGAGCAAAUACACGAAGCACCGCACCGCAUACACUCAUUCAUGUCAAAGCGGAUCAUGUUGUCGUUUCCUUUAAAAUUGUAUCCUUUGGUUAUUCUUUUUGAUAAUGUAAUUGUAUUGGGUGUAGAAAACGAAACCACAUUGUAUACUAGUGAAGCAAGUUCACAUUUCGCACUUCCUUUCUGUUUGUUGGAACGUAAAUCUCAAGUCUAUUUACAUAAAAUCCUCCGUCAGCUUAUUAAAAGGAAUCUCGGUUACAGUGCAUGGGAGAUUGCGAAAUCUUGCAGGUCUCUGCCAUAUUUUCCACAUUCUCUGGAAUUGCUUCUUCAUGAAGUGCUCGAGGAGGAAGCCUUGAGCAAAGAUCCAAUACCAGAUGCUUUACUACCAAGCAUUCUCGAUUUCAUUCGGGAAUUCCCCGUUUACCUCCAAACAAUUGUUCAAUGUGCCCGUAAAACGGAAAUCGCAUUAUGGCCAUAUUUGUUUUCAGUGGCAGGAAAGCCAAAAGACUUAUUCCAGCAGUGUUUGCAAUCUGAAGAGUUGGAAACAGCCGCUAGUUUUUUAAUAAUUCUUCAGAAUUUGGAACCAUCCAUUAUUAGCAAACAAUAUGCAACAUUGCUGCUGGACAUCGCACUCCAAAAUCGUAAAUGGGAGCUUGCAAAAGAUUUAAUCCGUUUUUUGAAAGCGAUAGAUCCCAAUGAAAUUGAUUCGCCACGUUCUUCUAUGGUUGUAAAUAUGAAGAUAGCUCCACCUUCGCAGAGUCAAUCUCAGGUUAAUCAGAAUGCCGAAGUUUUCAAUUUGAUUUUAGGACCUAUUGCACGGGAGCGCAGUUUUUCAACAACUGUCACUUCCAACUUACCAAAAGAGAAAAAGGAUAAACAAGGAUCAACGCCAAAUCCUCCAAACUUUAAUACAACAGCUUCAACUGGAGCCGUUAAUGAAACAACGACAUCGUCUCUUCCAAAUAAUGGUGCGUCCUCGGUUGUACGACGUAAAAUGGAGCGAAGUAAUUCCACAAAGGAUCGAAAAGAAAUAUUUUGCAUUGAAGCCAUUCUUCAAAAUCAUGCACGAAAAUUAUUACAAAAACACAAACUCAUUGAAUUAGGCUAUAUGAGUGCGUUCCUGGAUUUUCAUUUGGUAUCGUGGCUAUCGCAAGAAGUGGACCGUUCGGCUAGGCUUGAUGACUAUGUGGAUGCACUUAAUUGUUUGCAUGAAGAGUUGAAACUACGUGCAGCUAUUUUGCAUCCAACAUCGGAAGAAUCUGAAUUGCCAUUCGCAACCGAUUAUACGCAAUUGAAAAAGCAAUUCACAGUCGAUAAUCCACAGUUGUUUCGGUUGCAUCCCUCCAGCCAUACUUCUGAGUCGGGCUAUUUCAGCUUAGCUCUGAUGGACACACCAACAAGUGUGAAUAAUGGAAACGGGUUGCAAAACAAUAUUACCGCUAUAAAGGAACAUGAAGAACUAAGAUAUCCGAUUCCACAGUUAGCCGACUACCUAAAAUCGCGUUCAAAUUCGCAGGCAUCGUUCGAUAAUUCUCGGUACCGCCCAUCCUUUGCUUUACAUGAUGACUUGCCAAAUGUGUACUCGUUAAAUUUUGAAAAUUCUUCGACAAGCGAUACCAGCUUCAAAAUACUGUCAGAAAAAUUGAGUAUUAAAAUACGCUAUUUGCUGCAACUCUUUAUUGAGGCGAACUGUACCGAUUAUGCAUUAGUCUUGUCAAUUUUGCUGCAAGACGCAGCUUCCAUUGGUCGAAUUAUCAACGUCAUGAUUCGUUCAGAAUCACUUACAACUUGUCAGCGAAUAGGUGCUGCUCUUAAACGUUUAACACAUUGGUCGUUUGAUCGAGAAUGUGUCUACCGUCCGUUUAUGAUUUCUCUCCAACCGCAUAUUUAUCAUCUCGAUCAGUACAUAAGCUCUACAACCAGCAAAUUGUCCAUGCAUCACCGCGAUGAAGAUGGAGAUACGUCAUUAGGUAUCCUUCCCGAAAAAAAGGUGGAUAGUUCAAAUAAUAUUGCGCAAAGCAUUCAUAUCACAAAUGAUAAUCCGACCUGGGACUUAGAAAAUAUUGUUUCUGAGGAUUCAUGUAAUCGACAGUCUAGCAUUGGCUCAUGCGGAAGUGCAAACAUAAAUAACAACAAUCCGAAACGGUUGUUGAAAGAUCACUCAAGUCGUAAUGAAACAUGUCAAGUCAUGUAACUCAAAUUGCUUUUCCGAAGGUUGUAAAUUAUGUAUAUGUGUUUCGUACAAUAUUUACUGAAACUACUUUUUUUGGGAGUAUAAAACAUCUUACAGUUUCCUAAGUAAAAACUAUCAGCUGAUUUCCAAAAAAUGCUGACAGCUGAGAUGACCUGUUUUUUGGCAUUUGCUCUUGUCUUUUACAAUUUCUUUCAUUUCUAUUAUAAUUUCUUCAAUUUCUAUUACAAUA